AGCAUCUGACCCGGGGACACGACAAAAACGAAGCCCCGUGAUCGUUGUGCGUCGACGGAAAAAUUAAGGGGAAACACCAGUUCACGUUUUUCAUGAUCAAGUCGGUUCAUUCGGGGCGUUUGUCGCGACGAUGCGAAGAAAGAUAUUAAAGAAGCCAGAGCCUAAAGGCACUAUAUGCGUGACACAUGUGACAGCCAGAGAUCAAAUAUUAGUGGCUGUGGGAACAUCAGUCACGAUCAGAAAUUAUUCCUGCAGGACAGCGUUUCGAUACUUCCUUCACCAGUGUGGUGAAACAAGCGUGUUCUUUUUGCAGCAAAACUGGAGCAUUUUACCGAAUUUCCAUGUUACUUUGUAUAUCGAAAUGGUCAAAAAUCGUACUUCACUCAAUCCAAAUCAACAGCCUUCCGUCAUGUCGCCUCCUCACCCCCAUACCGUAACCAUCGUCGCCGAAGACGACGACGACAACGAUAUCUGUCCAGUAUGCGAUGGCCAAUGUACCUGCUCCAACAACACACCUUCCUUCUAUCAGCAGGCACCCCCUACUACCAGGAUCCCAUCUCCUGCACACGACCCUCCAAGACCUAUUUUAAAGAUCAAACUUCCACCGAAUCUCCUCAAAAGGAAACUGCCUCCGACUUCAAAGACGGCAUCUGGCUCAUCCUCAUUGCCAUCUUACUCUGCACACGACUCCUCCAUUCAGGCACAACGGAUUCCAAAACGGAGAGGCCGUCCGCCAAAAAAUCUUGUUUCACAUUCCGGCCCUGGCGUUGCAGGCCCCUCGACUUCCGCAUAUCAGCGUCCCAAGGCCAAGUCUGUUGCCUCCCAAAACAGAUCUCUCCAGAAGAAAACAUCGAAAUCUGCUGCCAGAGACAGCGACCUACGGAAAAGAGCGAUCAAGAAACGUAAACGCGUCGAUUCUAGUCACGAGUCUUCCUCCUCGGAGCUCACAGAUUUAGAUCUGUACACUUCGAACAACAACUAUCAUCGUAGCGUAGAAGAUCACGACGACGCACGAUCUGUGCAAUUCCCAACAUUUGUGUCUGCUUUAUCAUCUGAUUCUUCUGCUAGCAGUUCAGAUAGCGAUUCACUUUCUGGGUUUGAGACCGAUUCAUCUAUCGAAGCAGAAGAAGAGAACUUCAUUCUUACAGAGGAACGUGCUCGUGUCAGACGGGAACUACUCAAUGGCAGCGGAGAAGAGAGCUUACAAAAGAGGCGAGACCCGAACUGGGUCAUCCGGCCUAGACAAAUGAGUGUCGAUGCACCUAGUGAUGUUGACAUGGAUGAAGACAGUGAAGCGACGGAGGAUGAUGAUGAUGAUGACGAAGACGAAAAGGAGGACGAUGACGAGCCGGAUGGCGAGGAUACGGAGGACAUGAAUACUAGACGCCAUGGAUAUGUUGGUCUCGUCUCUGCUUGGUCCGAGGAGGAAGAGUCUAGCUUUGACGCUGAUCUCUUCUUUGCCAACCUCUCGGACAAGGAGUCGGGCUCCUCUGGUUCCUGUACUCAAAGUGACGAUGGGGAAGACGGUGAUUAUUCUGAUCCCGAACUUGAUCUUUCUCAGACUGCUUCCAGCUUGAUCCCUCAUCUCAGGCAGGGCGUCGGUAUUGGUAUACCCAAUUUGGCCUUUGAAUUGACCGAAGGCUGGGAUGGACAGGUCGUUUUUACGAACGGUCAUAUUGAAUCUUCAUCUCGAGAUGGGCUUCAGAGUCUUCUUGAAGCGAGCUUCCUUCCGCCAGGCCCAGAUACUUCUCCAUCCCCCGGCCCAGAUGGUGACGUAGAUAUGUUUUCCACCGACGCAGACGGUGAGGCGGAUGAAGAAGGUUAUGAGCAAGACGUGGAUCAGGACACUGCUGAAGCCGAAUACGAAGGUGAUACUACCGACGAAGAGCUUGUUGGUGAGGACGAUCUCCCGAACGAACUAGCCAUGAGCUUGUUCAACACCCCUUUCGCAUUCAGUAAUGCCCCUUCCAUCAAUCCCAUGUCGAUGAUUAGUCCUUCGUCUUCGUUCAGAAGACAAUCUGAUUUUGGAGUUGAAUCUCCUCAUCCCAGCGAUAUUCUUUCUCAAAGCAUGACAUGGGGAACGAAUGACCUUGAAGAACGAUUCGAAGGGGAUGAGCCAGAUGAGGAAGAAGAGAACGCCUUCAUCUGUGAACAGAGGAAUAAAGACAGAGCCGCGAGAGGAGGUCUCCCGAGAACUGGGUUUUUCGAAGCCGUAGAGGAAGCGAGACAGAUUGUCAUUGAUGGAGAACGGAAGGAGAUUCCUUCUUCGUAUCCAAGGUUCACUGGUCGAAAAGGUAAAGGCGUCAAGAGCAAGUCGUUAUCUAUAUCCCGUGGAGGGAGGAGCGGCGGGUCUGAGUUUAUUCAACGCAAAUCGUUCCGACCGACUUCUCUUCCUCCUCCCUCGACACGCAGUUCCGUUUUAUCAACAUCCGUCUUCUCAUUAUCCCCUCCGAGUGAAGUACCAGAGGAAAUAAUGACCCUCGGUCCCAGCGCUGAGAUAACACCUCCUGAAUUCUCAUCUGCAUCCCAAUCAGAAGAGCCAAUCGCGCACUCCAUGACCAUUGACCUGGAUGAUGUUCUGGAUGCGUCGUUUAUGGCUGCGUCAGAACCCACUGCAGUUUCUAACACUGAUGAAGAAUAUCCUGCCGGGUCAUCUGUUGCUGUCAGCAACUCGGACGCCGACCCUUCUACCGGUCAAUAUAUCAAGAGUCUCAAUCGCUGGGAUGUUAUCUCGGUUGGCGCUUUGCGAAAAACUGGUGUUCUGACAGACUCCACAGUUGGCCGGGGCUCCGACUCUGGUCCAGACUAUACUGCCUACAGCAACGUCAUGAAAAGUAGUCCCCUCAGUACCAUGUUAUGGCAUAAUCGAAAUGGUGCCUCAAAACACCAACGUUCUUUGGGAUAUAUCCUAUCUCCAGAGUUGGGACCUGUGCGAGAUGGUGAUCGCACACCAACUCAUGGUUCUCAGAAACACAAUGGCUCCCCUCCGUUUAACACCAAAAGCCGCAAAGAGCUGCGGAGGGAACGAAAGCUAAAGAGAAAAGGCUACGGACCCGUCAAUAAUCACAAGCAUACUCAUCUUCAUCACCAACAUUCCCAUCAUCCAAAUUCAAAAACACGCAGUACCAGUUCGUUUCAACGGUCGAACUCCUUCAAUUCGCCGGUGCCCUCAUUGAGCAUUUAGUCGUUUCUGAAUAUCCAGCGAUUUUUCCUUUGCUCAAAUUUUUCUCUCCAAGCGUGUUUCGUACUCGAAAAGUAUGAUUGGUCACAUCUGUUUCACAAAUAUAUCCGCUUGCGACACUCCUUUAAUGCAUGCUUACUGCGUUCCCUUAUUUCAAUAUCUCUAAAUCUCUUUCGUCGUUUUUGGGUUGCCUUCCAACUUUGUAUCACUGUAUUCCACCACUCUAUCAUCAAUCUUCGCUCGCUCACUUCAUAACAACAAUUUUCUCGUAUUUCUUACGCGCACUGAAGCUGAAGGCGUAAGUAUUCUCCAUGUAGCAUGUAUGUACCUCGAGCGAUUCGUUCAAACUUUCAAUGAAAAUUCUUAUUUAACUUACUGA